AUGAAAUUCGACUUCCUUGUCUGUCGCUCAGUAGAUCUGAGCCAGGGACAACUUCUCGAUCUAAAUAUUGGCGUUUUGUCGUCGAUUGAGUUGGUAAAAUACUCAUUGGAACAAUCACCUAAGCUUAGAUGCGUUAUUGGUACAAUAUGUGAUAAAGUUGAUGCAAAGUCUUUGAUUCUGGCAAUUCAAAAACUGAGACAUUUGGAGGAGUUACACAUAAUUGUGAAGCCAAUCUUCAAACCUAAUGAUUUGGAAACCAUUGGGAUUGCUUGCACAAUGUUGAAAUCAUUUUCAUACCACAACUGUGUGGACUUCGAAGCAGAUUUUAAAGGGUUCGGGGAAGCAAUUGGAAAAAGCAUGCCUAAUCUGCUCCAUCUCGAUCUUUGUGUACAUGGAAUAGGAUAUAAGGAACUGGAAGCGAUUCUCGAUGACCGCCCCCACCUCAAAUCUCUUGAUCUCCGGCGAUGCUAA